AUGAGUGCGAUGUGCGGAGUUCACAAAGGAUGCAACACGGGAAUGUUGAAACACUGCAAGGCCAUUCGUGAAACAUUUCAUGGUAAGGAAGCCUUCCUCAAGGUCAACGAUCAUUGCAAACUUUGCGGCGAUACGCAUCUAGAUUAUGAGGGUUCUAUUAGUGAUGAAGAUGCUAAUGAUACCCCAGACAAGAAUGACGAGCCUGCUACAAAGGAAGGUCAUAAUAAGAAAUCCAAGAAGACUAAAAAGGAAGCAGCUGCUAAUACGGAAAGAUGCUCAGGGGUGGAAAAUAAGCUUGUCGCAAAAAAGAGGAGAAGAAGGCCCAACAGUGCGGGGCGGAGCGGGGUUUUACAUGGUCUUAUCGGUAAUAUGUGUGGGCAUGAUGAGGACGAAACGACCAUGGAAAUUAUGUGGCACAGUGGUGCUUGUUAA